CUUUCUUUUCUUCACUCUUUUCGCUCUAUUGUUCACUUUCGCUCAACCAGCGCUUGUGUAGUUCACUCUUUGUUUUGUUUGCAAGCAUUUGCAUUUGUUUUUCCAUCCACUAUGGCGUCUGAAGCAGUCGCAGCAGCGGACUCGGUCGAGCUGGCCCAGCUCCAGCGCGACGCAGAGACGUUCAAGCGCGUCCAUCCGCUCGAGUACUACCGUCGUUUCCUCAGCCAGCAACUGCGACCAGACGGACGUGGACUCGAGCGCUUCAGAGACACCUCGCUCAGCAUCAACCCGCUCGCCACUGCGCAUGCAUCGGCAUUGGCGAAAAUCGGACAAACAUCCGUGCUGUGCGGGAUCAAGGCGGAGCUCGCAGUACCGUCAUUGCAGACGCCCGGUUGGGGCUUUGUUGUGACGAACGUUACCUUCCCGCCAAUGUGCAGCGCAUCGUCGCGCCUGGGGCCCCCGAGCGAGCAAGCACAGGCGUUGUCACGGCUGAUGCAUGGGCUGGUUGUUGGCAAGCAGGCAGCGUCGAGCACGGCCACCGCGCCGUCCGUGCCCGCCCCGACCACGCCCCUCAAGUCGCAGUCAGCGCAAGCCGGCAUGGCAGAAUCCAACCCUGCCGAUGCAGGCGCACGGGGGAUUGUCGACUUGAACGAGCUGUGCAUUACUCGUGGCGAGCUGUGCUGGUGCCUGUACGUCGACGCUGUUUGCUUGGACGAUGCUGGCAACUCGACAGACGCCGCGCUCCUGGCCAUCGUCGGUGCGCUUCAUGCGUUGGUAUUACCCGCAGUGACGCUGGACGCAGCCUCGGGCAAGCCAGGCUUCAAUCCGUCGGGCAAUUCGACGCAACUCACCCUGCCGGCAACGCCGUUUGCAGCCACAUUCAGCUUGUUCGAUGGAAAUGCGUUUACGCUGGCAGAUCCAACGGCCGAAGAGGAGGCCAUGCAAAGCGGGGCCGUCACCAUCGUAGCCGACGUUUCCUCCGAAAAUCCCACUCUUUGGACCGUGCACAAGCCGGGAGGCACCCCGCUGAGCGCGACCGCCCUUCGCCAAUGUAUCUCGCAAGCCGUCGAGCGAAUCAAAACGUUGGAUGCCCUACUUCAAGCGGAGCUUGCAAGCCAGUCCACUGCGAUGGAGUAGAGAGGGAGUUCUGAUGCAAAAUAAAAAAGAGCGUUCCUUGACCAGAAA